CUGCAUCCAUCCAUCGAUCUCGCCGAGGCGGGAGGCCGAGGCCGAGGGUGGAGGCGACUAGGAAGGAGUGCACUACUCUCUCUCUCUCUCUCGCAGCAGCAGCAGCAGCGGUAGGCGGAUCGCCUCUUGAUGCUGCGCUGCGCUGUGAUACUAACUGUGAUUGAGCGAGAAGAGAAGGGGAGGGAUCUGAGGAGGAGGAUGUCGUCAUCGUCGUCGUCUUCUUCUGCGGUGGUGUACGAGGGGUGGAUGGUCCGUUACGGGCGGCGCAAGAUCGGGCGGUCCUUCAUCCACACGCGUUACUUCGUGCUGGAGCCACGGCUGCUGUCCUACUACAAGCGCAAGCCGCAGCACAAGGACAAGGUUGGCGGCGGCGGAAAGCUCGCCAUCAAGUCCCUCCACAUCGACGGCAACUGCAGGGUCGAGGACAGGGGACUUAGGAUGCACCACGGACAUAUGCUUUACGUCUUAUGCGUCUACAACAAAAGGGAGAAGCACCACCGCAUCACGAUGGCGGCAUUCAACAUACAGGAGACUCUAAUUUGGAAGGAGAAAAUUGAGAUGGCCAUUGAUCAGCAACAAGGAGUAGUGCCGGCUGAUGGUAAUAGAGCCUUUGCCUCAUUGCAGCAAAAGGCUUUCUUAGAAAACGGAAGGAAAUCAUCUUCCUCUGAUCAUGAAAGCCAAUACAGUCAGGAAGAAGAAGAGGAGGAGGAGGACAAUCAACGAUCACUGUUGAGGAGAACAACAUUUGGGAAUGGUCCUCCAGAAUCAUUGUAUGAUUGGACCCGUGAAAAUGAUAUGGGAAUAUCUAAUCAGGGAAGCCCUGACCAAGUUUUUUCUAGAAGACAUUGGCGCCUUGUCAGAUGCCAGAAUGGUCUCCGCAUUUUUGAGGAGCUCCAAGAUGUUGAUUACCUUGCAAGAAGCUGUAGUAGAGCAAUGAAGGCGGUUGGUGUGGUCGAGGCCUCCUGCGAGGCUAUAUUUCAGCUUGUCAUGAGCAUGGAUACCACACGUUUUGAGUGGGACUGCAGCUUUCAGUAUGGUAGUCUAGUUGAUGAGGUAGAUGGCCACACUGCAAUACUAUACCAUAGGCUACAACUGGAUUGGUUCCCAAUGUUUGUUUGGCCUCGCGACCUUUGUUAUGUACGAUAUUGGCGGCGUAAUGACGAUGGAAGUUAUGUUGUGCUGUUUCAAUCCAGAGAGCACCCAAACUGUGAUCCACAACCAGGAUUUGUGAGGGCACAUAUUGAGAGCGGUGGCUUCAAUAUUUCUCCACUGAAAUCUUGUAAUGGAAGAAUCCGAACACAAGUGCAGCAUCUUAUGCAAAUAGAUUUGAAGGGUUGGGGAGUUGGUUAUGUACCUUCAUUUCAGCAGCAUUGCCUCCUUCAUAUGCUGAACAGUGUUGCCGGGCUCAGGGAAUGGUUUUCACAAAGUGAUGAAAGUCAAGUGCUUCCUAGGAUUCCUGUUAUGGUCAACAUGGCUCCAUCUGUUCCUUCUAAGAAAGGUAGAAAAGCACAAAACAAUACUAUGCAAACCAGCCUUCCGAUGGAUCAAAGCAGACAUUCUAUGAUGCUCGAUGAGGAGUCUGAUGAAGAUGAAGAAUUUCAAUUACCUGAAUCUGAGCAAGAGCCAUCAACUCGUGAGAGUGCUGCAGAUGCUAGACUGCCAGGGCUGGAUGAAGAGAAUUCAUAUCAGAUUGAUUUUUCUGGGUUUUCUGGAAAUUUACGUUGGGAUGACCGUGAUAACAGUCGUGACUGUUGGAGAAUAUCCGAUGGGAACAAUUUCAGAGUGCGAAGCAAGAAUUUUGUAUAUGAUAAGAGCAAGGUUCCUGCAGGAAAGCCUCUUAUGGAGCUUGUUGCUGUUGACUGGUUUAAAGAUGCAAAACGAAUGGAUCAUGUUUCUAGAAGAAAAGGCUGCGCGGUUCAAGUUGCUGCUGAGAAGGGACUUUUUGCAUUGGCAAUAAAUCUACAAGUUCCUGGCACAACUAACUAUAGCAUGGUUUUCUACUUUGUUACGAAGAAUCUGAUACCAAAUUCCUUGUUGCAACGUUUUGUUGAUGGUGAUGAUGAAUUUCGGAAUAGUAGGUUCAAGCUUAUCCCAUCUGUACCUAAGGGCUCAUGGAUUGUCCGUCAAAGUGUUGGCAGCACACCUUGUCUCUUAGGCAAAGCAGUUGACAUUACCUAUAUCCAUGGUGCAAAUUAUUUAGAAAUAGAUGUGGACAUUGGUUCAUCUACUGUGGCGAAUGGAGUUUUGGGGCUUGUGUGUGGUGUGAUCACGACACUAGUUGUCGACAUGGCUUUCCUUGUCCAGGGCAAUACAUAUGAGGAGCUCCCAGAACGGCUGAUCGGUGCAGUUCGUGUGUCGCACGUUGAAUUGUCAUCCGCAGUAGUUCCAGAAGCUGCUCUGUUUGAAUCUUGACAGCAUACAAUGUACGAUAAAUAGAUAGAAGAAUCAACAGCCGGCACUCAUGUCAUCUCCUCAGCCUUUGACCGAGUGAAGAAGCUGAGUGAGGAUGUUUCUAUGCAUGCAUGCAAUUAUGUAUUGUAUUGCGUGUUUAGGUGUUGCAAAUUUGAUGUCAGUUAUGUAGGUAUUAUAGUGAGUUGUGUUGGGGAAAAGAAUCAGAGAAGGGACUAAUUAGAGUUAAAAGAGUCCUGCUAUACGUACAAUCCCUUCAUACAACUAGAGUUAGAAAGUUUGCUGAGGCCCAGCUCAGCUUGAAUAAAGGGGGCCAUUCAAAUUUGUUUUGGACUAGAAGGAACUGUGAUGAAUAUGAUGACAGCUGUGUGUUGAACCUCGAGAGAGUACACCAUUCGUGAUUUCUUGUGUAUAA